AUGCCUGAGUGGCAGCCAGCGAAUGUCGAUGUCUUAAGCCCCGACAAUGCCGUGGUGCUCUCGAGGCAGCCUUUCGAGCACAUCACCAGCAGCUUGCAGGCAUGCAGCGCCAGACUCUUGCGGUUUGUUUGCAGUGCCGGUGAAUGCGGGCAAUUGCUUCUGGCAGCGGAGGCUGGCUGGCAGCGGCGCAAACCUGCAAGUCCAAGAGAGAGUGCGACAAUUUUGCCAAGCGACUUCUUGGUUGAACAAAUGAUGCUACGUCUCAGGCCAUGGGUUCCAGAGGAAUGCUUGGGCAAACAGUUCUGGGGAAUGGCGAGGCAGUGGACCUUCGUGAAGCUUCAGCCCGGCCAGUCCAUUUGCAUCAGCAACGAGGGUCUUUCGAUGUCAACAACCAUGCUGUCGACAUCCGUGCUCAUUCCGUUGAAUAUGGCAGGAGCUCAACUCAAUUUCAAGCUUGCCCGCUCUAACGAGGUUGCCGGCGAGCCUUGCGCUGUGGAGCAGGGGUCGGCCAUUCUCCACAUGCAUCCACAGCAUUUGAUGGAGGUCCGCACGCCAAGCCGCAUCUUGCACGUAUUAUGGCUGCAGCUGUUGUAUGGAAUCGAAGAAAAGUCCAGACAGUUGGCCAGAAGUAUUCCCAGCAGUUCCUCACCAGAAUGCGCUCCUAUCUUGAUGUCGCCGCCUCCUGCAGCGCCAGUACCGCCUGCGGUGCCUUUCGAGGCUCCUUCUGUCGAUCCUGCCUGCGAGCUCGUGGUUGGUUGUUCUCACGCUUGGGAGCUGGGCGACUAG